UUAUCAUGAGAUUUUAACGCUUAAGUCGGACACAAUCAGCCGAGACUGAAUAACAUGUGACAACACAUUGGAGCUUAAGAAAAAGAAAUAAUGACGGAUCUAAGCAAUAUGUUUGGAAUAUGUCCAACUAAUGUCACUUGGAAGAACCUACAAGUGAUUCAGGUGGACGAGGCAGAUACCCUUUGGGUUCGAGAGUUUCCCUCAAAUCAGGUGUCAAAAAAUUUAUCAGAUUUCCAAAAAAUGGAAGCACAGAUGAAUGAGACGCUUAGAAAGAAAUUGCUUGGCAGACAAAUGCAGAUCUUCCCAGCAAAGAUAGGAGACAGGGUUGCAGUGCUCCACAAGAAUCACUGGUAUCGUGGUCGAGUGUCGGAUAUUGCUGAGACUUCUAAAGGGCAGGAAGCAGAAGUCUUUCUUCUUGACUAUGGUAGUUCUGUUAAGGCAGGAGCGGCAGCAGUGAUAGGCCUCCAGGAUGACGAGUGGGCCAGUGUGGCAUACCAGGCAGAAAAGAUUCAUCUGUUUGCACUUAUCCCUCUGUCUUUGGAUUAUGCACUCUCAUCCACACAGUUCAGUGUCAUUCCCAGAGAGAGCAAGACUUGGGACCCAGCAGCAACUGUUUUUGUCAAGAAUCUUGUUGAAUCCAAACCCAAAGCAGAGUUUUUGCCACUGCAGAAAGGAGACCAUGGAUGUUUCCAUGGCCAGUUAACCCUCUAUAUUAGCAUAGAGGUUUGGGAAGCAAUACCUGAACUAGCAAAAAUAAAAUGGCCAAAGGAAGAUGACGAGGAGAUAGCUGUGGACCUUGCCAAGCUGCUUGUAAUGUGUGACUAUGCAAAAUUUGCAACUGAGCUUCUUGUUGACAGGAUGAAGGGAAGAAAUGGUGAAGAAGAAGACACAGUUAGCACUGAAUCAGAAUUUACAACAGGAAGCAGGGAAGACUUUCAAGGAUCAACAAAGCUAGAGUUUAAGACCAUAAAAAAACUGGCACCACGGAGUAGAGGAUUAACUCGAAUGAUUUGUCAUACAAGUGACAGCACCAAUAGCACAAGCACCCUAGAAUCAAGUGCUGAAGUGCUUGACACGUCGUUUCAGUCGUCUGGCCGUGGUAGAGGCCUGAUGAGCAUGUUAGAUUUUUUAAAAUGUGGAACCUCGACUCCCCUGUCAGUGGGAAGCUCCAGUGCUGAUUUACAAAAAUCUGGAAGAAGCCCAAAGAUUGAGUUUAAUCCAGUGGAAAUGUCUGGUGAUAUUGAGUGCUUGGAAUCUGAUUCAGUUUCUUGUCUGUGCCUUGAAGAAAUUCCUGUUCCCACAUCUUCAAGGCAAAGAAGCUCAACAAAAGGGUUAUUUCCAACACAAAAUGAAGAAAUGAAUGCUGGUACGAACUGCAAUCUCUCAUCAUCUGAAAAGAAAAGUGAUGAGAAACAGUCCUUGGUGGAUGAUGUUAGUUCUGAUUCUUCUUCAGCCAUAAAGACUGUUCCUGAGUGUAGUGUUAAGAUAUCACCUCAGAAUACUGAAAGUUUUACAGAAACAUCCAAACAAAAGGAAGAAUUAAACAUGGGAUCAUCUGGUCUAAGAGGAUUAUGCCUUAAGCUUGGAAAAUCUAGUCUAUCUGAUGUUAAAGGGGUGAGCACAAUUUCUGACUCUAAAGAAGGUAAUUUAUUGACAAAAAAUUCAGAACCCAUGCAAAAUGGAAAGUGUAAGGAGGAGGUUAUAGGUAUGCAUGAGAAAAAGAGGAAGAGUAUUGACUGCAAAGCAAGAAAGGUAAACAGUCAUUUUAAUGCCUCAUUUAUUUCAGACUCUCAAGAUGUUUGGGACAGAGAGGAAAUUGGAGAUGUAGAAGAAGAAUUGACAAUCUCCUUAAGAGAGAGAAAUUUGCCAGAGGGCCCAUGCAUUGCAAAAUUGUUCAGGGUAUUUGUAGCUGGGGAGUCCCCUGUUGCUGAGGAAGAAGUAGUUGUUAAUGAGAACAUGGUUGAUCCAAUACUGAAUAGUCAUAUAGUAAAAGUACUAAAUGAUUUAGAUAUGAGAGCAACAAGACUGCAGGCAUAUGCUUGGCCUGCUAUAACACGUGGCACUUCAGCCGUCAUUGUAGGAGGCAAAAGGAGUGGCAAAACUCAUGGCUAUAUUGUACCUUUGAUUUCUGUUAUACUAGACUCAUGGCAGCACAUAAGCCGUCGUCUUCCCCAAGGCAUUGGGGCUGUUUUGGUUAUUGUUUGCAAAGACUGGAGAAGUGCAAAAUAUACUGCUGAUUCUUUGGUUAGAUUCUUACCUGCAAAAUUGUCACUAAAAGUCAUCACAGCUUGGGGAGGUUGUGGCAAUGAAGAGGUAAUUGAUACCAACUCCCAGUUACUUGGAGGUUGUGACAUUCUGGUUACAACUGCCCCAUGUUUGGCAAGGCUUCUAACAGGCAAAACUGCAGAAUUUGCAAAAGCAGAUGAAGAAGGUGGCACCAAAGCAUUUACGUCCCUUGCUAGAUGUUGCUAUCUUGUAUUUGAUGAUGUUGAUUCAAUCUUGGAAAAUUGUGCAAUGGAGGUGAAACAGAUACUUACUUACUGGGGUGAAGGAAAGAGCAAAAGUGACCGAAGGGACUUUGAACAUCAGUUACUUUUAGUUGCAUCAUCAUGGACAAAAUUAUUGAAUUCAUUGACACAAACAGUAACUCCUCUUCUUGAGCCAAUUAUUAUUGUUGCUGAUCCUUGGGAGGCUGUAAUAACUACUAGAGCCCGUACCUUUGUUCAUAAAGUAGAGGAAAUGGGGACAGAGCAAGAUAAACUUGUUGAACUUUUACAAGAUAACAGAUAUGGAAAGAGUUUGGUGUUUGUGGGUGAUGAUAAUCAGGCAAGGAAUCUGAAAGUAUUACUGGAUGCUGUGGCUGUAUAUUCCUUAAUUGUAACAAGCUGUUCUACAAUGUGGGUCAUGAAGUCCAUAGUCCAGGAAUGGCACUCUGUAGCAAAUGUAGUUUUGAUAGUCUGCCAAGAGGCUACAUCACUCCUCCUCCUGUAUGAAUUAGCAAAUGCAGACCUCAUUAUUCAUGUAGAUAUACCAAAGUCCAUUAGUAAUUUCAAAAUGAGGUAUGCUUUUAUGGUGGAUAAUCUUUCAACAGAUUUAAAUCAAGACACCAUAAAUUGUGAGUCUCACAUAAUAUUGUCCAAAGAAUCAGUAAAGCGGCUUCCUCCACUUGUGCUUGAAAUAGAAAGAACUGGUAAAGUUCCAAGAGAGCUUCAGUAUGUAGCAGCUAAAAAUAUGGCAAGCUGUAGUCAAGAUGAUGCUCUUUGUUAUUAUUUAAAAGCUUAUGGAAAGUGUUGUAUAGGUUACACUUGUGGAUUUAGACAUAGAAUACAUAAGUUUGAUACUGAGAGUGUAAUUCCAAGAAAGGGUGAAGUUACUUUCAGUGUUAUCAAAGUGAUAAAUGCAUCACGAUAUUUAGUACGCCUCUUGAGUUUUAGGGAGAAGGUAGGGGUUCCUGAAUUUAACUUGAGAGAUCACUACCUGAGAUUGUUCAUGGCCAUACAGCAGUACUAUGCUGAUCCAGAAAACUGUGAGCAGUUGAUCAACAUAGAACCGAGAAUGCUCUGUGCAGUUAAAUGCAAGGAAAAAUGGGCAAGAGGACAAAUUGUACAAAUUGAUUACUCAAGACAUAUUGCCAUGAGUGUUGUGUUUCUCUUGGAUGAAGGAAGUGAUGUAACUGUAGAGCAGAACUCCUUGUAUAUCCUUCCAAAGCAUCUGGCACUGAUGCCACCACUAAUUGUUGAGGUUUAUCUCUGUAGAGUUCAACCUCUUGAUUUUGAUAAGGAAUGGACUUUACAUGCAUCAAAGUACAUUGAUGAUAUAUUCAGCAAUAACAUAAACAAAAGUACUUUUGUUGGACAAAUUGAACUAGCACUUGGUUCAACACUCUGGUUAAGCCCUGUGACUGAGUUAACACAGGCAGGUAAAAGUAAGGUCAAGAUGGAAUCUCUAAGGUCUAGACUCAUUUCUAAUGGAUUUGGAAUCAGCAAUAUUGCUCAUAUGGAAAAGCUGAAAGACAUGUGUAAAUUAGCAGGUAUAUCCUUGGAACCUGAGGACCUGUCAUGUGAAUUGUUUAAAACGACUGUGGAUAAGGCACUGGACUUGCUAAAAGGUACAGAACAAAGUAAAGAGAUCAGCAAGCUGUCUGUAUUAAAUGAUCAUAAUGUCUCCAAAGAUAAGCUUACAAUGAAUGAAGCUUGCACUAGAAGCCUAGAACAAGUUGAUUCUGUUGAUGAAAGCAAGGAUAUCAGUAAUGAUCUUAAGAAAAUAGGAAACUUACCUACAAAUGUGGAAAAGUCAAGUACUCCUAGAAGUGAAGCUAAAGGUAUUAAUUUGCUACAAGAAUCUUUGCCCUUGGAUGUUGAUGUAGAAGUUGGUGUUGCAGAAAUAGAAUCUCCUGACUGGUUCUUUAUUCAGCUUGCAGAAAAUUAUGAAAGACUGGAUGAACUUGAGUUAGAAGUCCAAGAGAUAACCAUGCAUUGGCUAACAGACAGUAAAAAGAGUCUUCAUGAAAAAAGCUUAAAAUGGGACGAGCAACCAUGUGUUGUGGCUUCUAGCUACUGUCUGGCUAAGUUUUCUGAUGGCAACUACUACCGUGGCUGGGUGGACAGAGUUGGGCCAGAUGACACCAGUAAGGUCUUUUUUGUUGACCACGGGGAGACUUUGAUUGUACCUUCUAGUCAGCUUCAGCCAUGUCCAUCAUAUCUUUUGGACCUUCUGCCUGCACAAGCCAUUCCAUGUUGUUUGGCCAGUUUCACUUAUCCACCAGCAAAAUUAAAAGACGUGAAGAGGGCUAUGGAGAAGGUGGCUGAUUCUGUUGAGACAUGGAUAGCAAAGGUUCUAGAAAUAGUUGAAUCGGAGGAUGGGAAAAUGUACAAGGUAGAGUUAAUUGACAACUCAGUGGAGCCACCAAGGCAGAUGUCGAAGGAGCUCAUAAAUGUAUACCAGUCUUUGAAUGAGAAUUAUGGGGAAAAGCAGGUCCGGGAAGAUGUUGAAAAUGAAAAUCAUAUGCAGUCGACAACAAUGCUCGACACGUCAUGUUUAGACAGCGAGGAGGCUAUGAUGUUCUUACAGAAUUUACCAAAUUUCAAGGAAUUGUCAAAAGCAGUCAAGAUUAAUAAUGCAGAAGAAAAAGAAGACCAAGAAGGAACUGCAGCAGACCUUAAGAAUUCCUAUGAUUUGCCUGAAGCUUUACAAAUGCUUGAUGCCCUUGACGAGUCAUCUUACAGCUCAGGCAAACAAGAAGUGGAGUCAUGCAAAAAUGAAAAUACAAAAGAGAAAAAACUGGCACAUCACAGAGAGACAGAAAAGGUCUUCAUCGACUGCCAUUCAUCACCAGAAAAUCCCAGUAAUCGGAACCACAAAAUUUUCCAGAAGCCACACAUAGAAGAGAGCACCAAAUCUUAUGGAAGAGCAAAACCAUCUAAGGCAGAUACAGACUUGUUCAACCAGCUAUGUCUACUUGUGCCACCCCUAGAGGCUGUAAAAAGCAUAACACGCAGGUUAUAUCCUGAGACAACCUGGAAUCAGACGGACAGUUUGGUUGUCAUCAAUAUACACUUGCCGGGAGUUGAGCACUACAAGUGUCGGUUUGCAAGGAAUCGUUUGACCUUUAUGACUGUUGUGAGAGAUAAAUUCUAUGUUAUUGAAGAGACUUUGGCAAAUGAAAUUGAAACAGAUUCAUGCUUUCUCAAAUUAAAGGGCAUGUCUGUGCAUAUUUACCUGACUAAGAAAUCAACAUGUACAUGGCUCCUUCUUUUUGCCGAGAAGGUGAAACGUCCAUGGUUGAAGAUGGCCUACCAGGGCUCAAGCUUAGAUGAGGAAAAGUCAUCAGUUUCUGCUCUCAAAAAAUCAUGGACAGACUUGCAGCUUUGUGAGAACAGUUAUGGAGGAUACCCAGCUGGCAUGAGUGACAGUAGUUCAUCAGAUAGUCAGUCAGAUGAAGAUAUGGAUGACUUAAUCAGUUGAUUGACCAAGUGACACCUGUUUAUUAAUCAUGUUGCAUGUAUUUAUUAUCCAGUUGAUACAAUGGAAAGAAUGACUGAAUCUGCUGUGUUAUUUAGGAGUUGUCCAAAAACUUUGAUGGCCGUUGCCAUUAUUGUAUAAAUUAGUGAACCUGAUUACAGCUUCUUUUUGCUGGUUAGGCUCUGUGCUAAGCAGAUUUAUAGAUCCAUUAAAAACAUAUUUAGUAUGAUUUAUUACUUUCUGCUAAAAUGGCUAGUCCUAUAAAGGGGCUAUCACACAAGGGGAAAGUUAUGUGCACCUUCCACAAUAUCCAAUUUAUUCUCCUAUAACACAUAUGCUUCAAUCUGUACACACAUUUGUGUUCAUAAAUGCUUUGUAGGCACAUCUAGCCUGGCUAUAAAAUGGUUUUGAUAUUAAAAUGGCAAAAUAUUAUUUAACGUUUUAAAUGGUUAAUGGCUAAAGCAAAUAAAUGUGCUAGACAUCAAGGUCAUAUAGCACUAAACAAAUUUUAGAGAUUACAAAUGGUUAAAAUCUGUACACUUACAGUAUCCUUCAGAUACUUUACCUGUCCUGUAGUCUCAGAAUGCUGUAUGGUGAUCACUUAAAACUUUGGCGUCAGUUUUUGUCCUUCGUGUCAUAUCUAAUCCCAGUGUUUACCAAGUCUGGAGAGUUACUUUAGCUGGCAAAGGCUUUUUGAAGUAGAUAUUUACUCAUUAUUCCAUGGAAUCACAUGUUAUGCAGUCUUCCAUGAGAUUAUUUUGAUUUAACUCAUAAAUUUAAGUGUACUAUUCUAAAUUUGUAAUAAUACAUUUGAAUUGCAAUAUUGCAGUAGUGUUCUCAUGAUUAGCAUUUUCUUUUUUCAAUAUUAAAAAAAAAUUUAAAUAGAUAAAAAAUAUGGUGUAGCAAUAUAAUUCUGUUCUUUUUAAAAAUGAGUUCUGUAAAUAUUUUUUACAGAGUUAAGGAGUUAAGGGUAUGAAUUAAUAUUUUCCAUUGAUCUGGAAAGAUGACAAUUUGUUUCCUUCAGAAUUACAUGUUACAAAAAAAAGUAAAGUAAUUUUUUUCAGUUGUUUAUCAGAGAUAACUUCUGUUUCUCUGUAUGUUUUUUUUUUUGUUUGAUAUAUAAUUGAUAUUGAAAAUGUUACAAUCAAUUUUCAAGACAAUUUACUUUUUUUUUUUUAGUUUAUAAUGAUAAUAAAGUAUUCUCAGAAAAACAAUCUUGACAUCAUAGAAUUAUUUUACCUAGAGCAUCAGGAAAUAAUCAGAGUACUGGGAAAAGUUUUGGGCCAAUUAACAGCACUGGAGCCAUAAAAGAACUGCACAUAUCAGAUAUCCAAAGAUCAGUCAUGGAUGUGGUACACUAAAUAACCCUAUCUGUUUUUGAUAUUCAAGCCCUAAAUCUGUAUUUAGAGGAUUGAAACACAACAGUCAUUUCAGGUGUCUUAUGGCAAGUAUUAGUAAAGUUUGCCCUGCAUCCCUCCAAGUGAAGAAUUUGGAUAUUUUGGAAUCCAUACAGUAAUUGUUGUAUAUAGCAGUUACUGAGUAAAAAAGUAUGUGCUGGUAUGACAGGCUGAAUUCAAGUCUCUUGUACUUUAUGCCCCAUCAUGCACAUCAUUGAAUCUUGCCAUUCAUUUAUCUUCAUAAUGCAGGAUGAUUUCAAAACGCUUUCUAAUAUAUAAUUAUGUCUAUACUAUUUUAUUUUGCCAUUUUAGUGUUUUUGUCAAUCACUAUGUGCAUCAGUAUUUCAAAAAGGAUUCCUAUGUGUAAAGUACAAACAAUACAUGCCAAGUGAAAUGACAGAUCCAUUUAUAAUAGGCUGGUUAAAUGCCAGCCACCAAAUUCAGUGUCUAAAACCAAUAGUCAGUCCUCUGUAAAUAGUCUCCUUAAUUUACCAUUGACCUAUUUUUGUAACAAACAAGAAACUAUAAUACACAGAAAUAUUGUAUUAAUUAUUUUUUGUACCAACAAAAACCUCAGCAUACUACUAUUCUUACUAUUAAUGCAUAGUAAGUCUUGUCCUACUUCUGCAACUAUCAUUUCUUACUGUAUUACCCUUUUGAUUGUUUCAUAACUCUUUUGCAGUUUUCCUCAUAGAGUGUUACUCUCCCUUCCUCAGAGACACACUCUCCAUUUGAUCUGAUCUCACUAUACCUUUAAUCUCCCUUUACAAAUCCCCAUAGUAUUCCAUUUGCUCCCCCUCUAGACCCUUCUCACUACCCUUCUAUCCUACAGUGUUUUACAACCUUUGACGUCUAAAUCAUCUUAUCCUGGUUAUUAACUCCUUUCUACCCUUUUUGCCAUAAUACUGUAUUUUACUGCUUACAUGACCUUUGAUAUCUAACAUGUUUAUUUCUUCAAACCAUUAACCAUUGAUAAAAAAAAAAAUAAUAAUAAUUAUGAUAUACCUCAUUAGCUGCAUUUCUGUCUACUGUUCCAUCAAUCCCCCUAUUCCCUUGUUCGUUGUUGCCGUGGGAGGUUUAGGAGGCGGAGACUGAGGCCCAAGGAAGGGAUCAUCCCUACUUUGGACCUCAGCCCUCACCUCAACUAAUUUUGCAUGCUUUUUUCUUUUCUUGUGCCACAUUUGUUUGUUUUGACCACUGACAAUUCUGUAAAUCCACAAACAUCACCUUUUGAACCAAAAAAAACUUCUUACCUGGGGGCUUUGCUAAUGACAUUAGAGGUUGACACAGCAGAAAAUUUUCAAUAAAUAAAUAAAUAUUCCACAAAUGUU